GCUCACGCCCUAGCAGCUCCAAAGGAUGCGGCGGGGUUGAUGGAGGAGGUGGAGGAGGAGGAGGUGAAAGACUGGAAGGCGGAGAACGGAAUGAACCGGUCGGAAAAGAGGAAGGAUGCGGAUUACGCUAGGCUACCGGGCGUCCGGACUGCAGUGGAAGGUAGUUUCGGUGGUUUAACGCGAAGUUGUCUGCGGAGGAACAGCCUGUGAUUUGUGCGUCGCUUCCAGUCAUCCGUGUCACCGAGGAGAGCUUGUCGUUAUAUUGAGGUCGAUUUUUAUUUCAGCUGUUUAUUUUGUCCGAGUUUAUUUGGAAAAGGUCCAAAGUUUUCUUCGCUCUCCUUCGCAUUAUUGAACGCUUUAAACAAUUGGUGAGGGGAACCAAGUGACCCCGUCCCUCUUCGCGCCGCGGGUCAACUGCCGUCAUGGUUUUAGCCGUCAUUUUAGCAUCAUCACCACCUGAUCUCUUCUCCUCCGCCGCCGCAGACUCGAUGUCAAACUGAGAAGGGGGGAGUGCCUAGUCCCUGAACCUAGCACGAUACAACUCGAGCACGUAUCACCAUGGAGGUGUCGACGUUCCGGCUUCGCGGGUUGACGGGCAUAUUGAUGUGGGCGACUUUUUUUUUGCUCUGCCGCGGACACUCCAAGCUUCCGGACUCCUCGGGCCUGUCGCGAGUCAUCCGCGUGCCACUGCGGCACGGGGCUCGCGGUGAGCCCGCCACCGCCGACGCCGCCCCGCGACCGGGACCCGGCCCCGCGGGCAGGUACCCCGUUCGCAGGCGAAGGGAAGUGGCCGCGGACGGUGUCAGCUUCGUGGACAUGAUUGAUAACCUGCGAGGGAAGUCCGGCCAGGGAUACUACGUGGAGAUGGCCGUGGGAUCUCCUCCACAGAAGCUGAAUAUCUUGGUGGACACCGGAAGCAGCAACUUUGCCGUCGGCGCAGCUGCUCAUCCCUUCCUGCGUAGAUACUACCAUCGUUCUCUCUCCAGCUCAUACCGUGACCUCGGCAGGAGCGUUUACGUGCCCUACACUCAGGGUCGCUGGGAGGGGGAGCUGGGCACCGACUUGGUCUCUGUGCCGCACGGCCCCAACGCCACACUGCGGGCCAACAUCGCCGCCAUCACCCAGUCAGAUCGCUUCUUUAUCAACGGGUCAAACUGGGAGGGGAUCUUGGGACUCGCGUAUGCUGACAUAGCAAGGCCUGAUGAGACACUGGAGCCUUUCUUUGACUCCUUGGUCCGGCAGACUGCCGUCCCCAACCUCUUCUCCCUCCAGCUGUGUGGUGCAGGCUUCACCCAGAACUACUCCCUUGGCAGUUCCACAGUUGGCGGCAGCAUGAUCAUCGGAGGAGUGGACUCAUCGCUUUAUGUGGGAGAACUUUGGUACACUCCCAUCCGCAGGGAGUGGUACUAUGAGGUCAUUAUUGUCCGCAUCGAGGUCAAUGGACAGGAUCUCAACAUGGACUGUAAAGAGUACAACUAUGAUAAGAGCAUUGUGGACAGUGGCACCACCAACCUCCGGCUGCCUAGAAAGGUCUUCCAGGCUGCAGUUAAGGCCAUCGAGGCUGCGUCCUCGACAGGGCAGUUUCCCUCUGAAUUCUGGCUGGGGGAGCAGCUGGUAUGUUGGCAGGCCGGCACUACGCCCUGGCACAUCUUCCCAGUCAUCUCCCUCUAUCUGAUGAGUGAAAAUCGCAACCAGUCCUUCCGGAUCUCCAUCUUACCACAGCAAUACCUGCGGCCGGUGGAAGACGCGGCAUCGGCCCAGGAGGACUGCUACAAGUUCGCUGUGUCUCAGUCCAGCACCGGGACAGUGAUGGGGGCGGUCAUCAUGGAGGGCUUCUACGUCGUGUUCGACCGUGAGACGAAGCGGAUCGGCUUCGCUGUUAGCACCUGCCAUGUGCACGAUGAAUUCCGCACUGCCUCCGUGGAGGGCCCGUUCCACGGCUUCGACCUGGAAGACUGCGGCUACAACAUCCCCCAGACAGAUGAGUCCACUCUGAUGACCAUCGCAUACAUCAUGGCGGGAAUCUGCGCCCUCUUCAUGCUGCCUCUGUGUCUCAUGGUGUGCCAGUGGCGCUUUGCCCGCUGCCUCCAGCCAAACGGGGACUUCGCCGACGACAUUUCACUCCUGAAGUGAAGGGGCACAAAAUGGGAGAACGGAGCCCGUGACGCUCGGUAAGCAGGACAGAGAAGGGAUGUUACAAAAUGAAGGUGCUGCUCAAAGUCAGCUGUUAAAAAGAUUCUUCAGGUACAUGUUGUAAAAGUAUAGAAACAGCUGACACACACCGUGAGCCUCACUGCCCUCAAGUUGUUUGUGAGGGUAACUAAAGCCAUUAUGAACUUAAAGGGGAAAGCAAGAAGAAGAUGCUGUGUUCAGCAUCAGCUUUGCCUGUUUAAGCUACCUAUGCAGAUCAGCAUGGCUAGAGGAAGCAAUGUGGGCAAAAUGCAAAGAUAAAAAGGAUCCCCUCUUUCUUUUUUAAAAGUAUGAAGACUGAUCAGAUUAACUGAUUGGGAACGUAUAACUUGGGAGGGGUUUGGAAUUCUGGAGACGGAUGCUUUCCAAACCGGACUUGGAGGGAGUCGAAGCUAUGAGCUCUGGUAUAAUGCAAGUUUGUUGCUCCCAUGUUUGUGGCUUUUGAGUGAAUGAAGUAAGUUGUGUGUGCAUGCCUGUGUGUGUCUUUGCAGUUAUUGCAAGAAAAGAGUAUACACGAAAGUUUUACGAAAAUCAAGACACUACUUAUGAAAAUGAAAGAAAUGAUGCCGUAUUUAUCAAAAGACAGUUGUACCUGCCAGCAAAGUAUUCUGUAAAGCAAACAAAGCACGCUUAAAGAGGCUAUUUGAUUGAAUAUAAGACUGCAGAGCAUUUACAGUUUAAUACCAGAUUUUCUUUGGUGUGAAACUACUGAUCAGAUGUCACUUUCUUCUUCUGCUCAUCACAUAAAUGUGUCGUGUUGUACAUAUUGUGUACAUCCCUGAUCUUUUAUUCACACAGACAGCCACACAGUACUUAUCCAUACCCCUUGGAUGAUCUGCACAUUUGAGGACACAUUACAUGUUAACAAACCGAAACCUAAUAGGGCUCCUCUCUCACACACAAACAGUCUAACUCACCACGUCUUUUUACGGGACCAUAACUGCUUAGAGAAUGAAACCAGCCCAAAGUAUCUUAUACACUGAAGAACUUUAUGUGCAUCCAUAGAGGACAGUUUUAUGCUGUUUCUUAUCAGGCUGUAAAUAGAUCAACUCAGAACUGGAUAUUUAUCUGUCAGGCUCUGACAGCACUGUUGAAUCAAUAAACUACUUAUUAUAACUGUAAA